CGGCAACCGGAAACUGGGGGGGGGGCCAGUAGAGCCGGAAGUUGAGGGGACUUUCCUGUGAGCUUGGCUUCCUCAACAUGGCAGCGCCCUUGUCAGUGGAGGUGGAGUUCGGAGGUGGUGCGGAGCUCCUGUUCGACGGUGUGAAGAAGCAUCAGGUCACCUUGCCUGGACAGGAGGAACCCUGGGACAUCCGCAGCCUCCUUGUCUGGAUCAAGAAGAAUUUGCUAAAAGAGCGCCCAGAGCUGUUCAUCCAAGGAGACAGCGUGCGGCCAGGGAUUCUGGUGCUGGUUAACGAUGCCGACUGGGAACUGCUGGGUGAGCUGGACUACCAGCUUCAGGACCAAGACAGCGUCCUCUUCAUCUCCACGCUGCAUGGCGGCUAAGGGCCCCUCCCCAUGCCUGGGCCCCCUUGGGGUCGGGAGAGCAGAAGAAUCAGACAAUCCCCUGGGGCCCUACUUCCAGAUCUUCCUGUCCCCCUUGGCUGCUUUCUUCCCUACUCUGUCCGUUGAGCUCCCUCCAGGCAGGGAAAAGAGGCCAGGUGCUAAAAAUGAGCCUUUCUCGGGCACGUGAGCAGGGGAAGGCAGGCGCCCAAGCCGGGCACUCCUCCUCCCAGCAGUUGAGGUGGGGGAGGGUCCCCCUCCGCGUGGCUGGAGUGGAGGGGGUCUGUGCGGCCAGGUGACCCAGCUGCUGUCCCUCCUGUGUCUCCCUGAGUGACCGCUGACAAGGCACUGCCGCUCCUGGGCUGCAGUGCCUUCCUGGGGAAGAGGAAUGAACCUCACUAGCUGAUGGCAGGCCCCUCCCCUCUCAAAGACAGGAGGAGCCUUCGCCUCAGUUUCCCCAUCUGGACAGCAGAGGGCUUUGCCUGUCCCCCAUUGAUAUCAUUAUGGAACCCCAGCUGGGGUCCCCUAUUCAGCGCCGACCGCCUCCUACGCACACACACAGCAGCUGCUCCUCCAACCUGCUCCUGCUCCCCCACCCACAGCCCUUGACCCUGGCUAGCCUCCCCCAACACCAGAUGGGCUCCUGAGACCCUCCCCCUGACACAAGGCAAAAGGCUGCCUAUGUACAGCUCAUUCCACUGGGGGUGGAGAGCAGGAGGGUGUACGCUAGACCUUGGACUGGCAAAUAGAGGCCUGGGGUGGGGGAUCAGUGUGCCUCAGUUUCCUCCCUAACGACAAUGGAAUUUUUAUAAUAUCUGAAAACUGAGGGGACUUCCCUCGUGGCUCAGACAGUAAAGAAUCCACCUGCAAUGCAGGAAAUGUGGGUUCGAUCCCUGGGUCGGGAAGAUCCCCUGGAGAAGGAAAUGGCAACCCUCUCCAGUACUCUUGCCUGGAGAAUCCCUUGGACAGAGGAGCCUGGUGGUCUACAGUCCAUGGGGUCGCAAGAGUCGGAUACGACUGAGCGACUGACACACACACAAAAUUGAGAUACUUGAUGGUGCAAGGGCACACUUUAUCUACUCUCCCAUCUCCUGCAGGAAGCAGGAUGGGGCAGGCAGCACCUGGGAGGCAGGGUGACUCCCCCCACCCUCAUUCCUUCUGGAAGUCUUGGGGCCUCAGUGCCUGCAACAGCUGGCCUUGGGCAAAUAAAAGACUAAGUUGUUUACUGGCCUUGCCUGGAACUUCAUCCUUAGAAACCGAAACCAGUGGGACCCCACGUUCCCCCAGCUGGCAGUCCCUUCUCUGGUCCCACCCUCCCUGUCUUCACCCCAGGGCUUUCAGAACUGCCCUUCACCCAAAAAAGAGCAGGAGUUGAAACCCAGACUAUGCAGACACUGAGAAGGGAUGAUAUGGUUGGGCCAUCUGGAGAAGGGGUGGCAGGGCCAGUCUGUGCUGACCAGUCUGGGUCCCAGGACACUUCCGUACCCGUCUGUCCGAGGCCAGGCUUUGUCCCACAAGCCGCAGCCAGCAGCCUCGGAAUGGAACAGAACGGAGGAAGCAUAGUUAAGACUGCUGAGCCCCACUUCCCAUGACCUGGAGAAAAAGCUUUGUUUGCUGGAGGGAGACCUCAAAAAAAAAAAUAGGGCAUUAACAUCAUCCCGCCCCAAACAUUGCUCUUCAUUAAAUGUUAAUAAUUUAAGGUGGAACUGCCCUCACUCUGCAGUGAGACAGAAGUGCCGAACAGUUGUCCUAGCCGUGCUGGGGGCUGUGCUCCUUCUCAAGGCCUUGGGGACAGAUGACCCCUGGCUGGUGAGCUUCUCUCCAGCGCUGCUGCAGGUGGGAGAAGGCCCUCUGGGUGUGUGUGUGGGUGGGGGGGUAGCCAUGUUGAGGUUAUGGGUGCAAGGGAAGGCCAGCAUGGGUGCAGGUGCCUGUCAAGAGAGAGGCUGUGUGACCAGCCAUUCUAGGUGCUGAGGUCAAGGUCUCCAUGUUAGGCAGCAGGGCAAGGGACAGCUUCACUUUAAGGAUCAGCCUGUCCAACUUCUUGUAACCUGGAAGGGAGGACUCAGCCCCGCUGCGCUUUGCGGUGCCCCCAUUAUCCACUCCCUACCCCACCCCCCACAGCAUUCCAAGUCCUGGAAACUGGGUGAGAGGAUUCCUUUCCUGCUUGCACUGGGGAGAGGAAGGGCAGAAACGGGCUAGCCCUUCCUCCCCAGUACCCCAGUUAGUGCAUCACUGCUGAGGAGUAGGGCAGGAAGACAUACUGCUGGGAAAAGCAGGUUCUCCACUCAAGGAGAGGUGCCCUGAAACUUGCCAGGGCCACACUCCACAGCAUUUGAGGUCAUUUUCUAGCUUGAGCACGUUAAGGGUCAGGGAUGGAUGACCCGUGCUCAGACCCAACACCACCCAGCUGCCCCCCCCUGCCAAGGCAACUCCUGAACCCACUUUUGAGGAAAUAAACAAAUA